CGUCAGAUCUGAAAUCAGUGCAACCCAUUAUUGAAGCUUUCAUCUCAAGGAAAGCAGCAGAAAACCUCACCGUCAGCAUUACAAGAAUGGAUUCCCAAGAAAGAAAUGACACCGAAUAUGAGAAGUUUGCAGUGGAGAACUUCAAUACCCAAGUGUUUAAUGUAGAGGAUUUUCAGAGGAGAAGGCGGAUCUACAGACGUGCUGUGGUGUGUCUGGGUUUGCUCUGUGUCGUCCUAUUGGCUGCAAACAUCGGACAGUUUGUGAACAAUAAGAUUCAAAACCGUCCGGAGUUGGGAGACCAUCCCAAAAUUGAGGCACUCAGCGCAGAGAAAGACCAACUGUGGCGCAACUGGACCACCAUUCAGACCCAGAACCAACAGUUACAUCUGCAGAAUCGGAUCCUGACGUUAGAGAAAGAAGAACUGCAGAGGAAUUACACCACAGUCCAGAGUCAAAAUGAGCAGCUGCAGACAGGAAGAGAUCAGUUACAGAAGAUGGUGAAUGUGAUGAAAGUAAAAAUCAAUGGUAUGUCCUGUGAAACAGGGUGGAGCAAGUUUGGUAUGAACUGCUACUAUGAUUCUGUCACUGAGUUAGACUGGGUGCACAGCAGAUUGGUUUGUCUCAGUAUGGGAGCGGAUUUGGUCAGUAUCAACACCGCAGAGGAACAGGCCUUUAUCAAUGGACUGCUGAGUCCCCAAGUGAACGCCUGGAUUGGUCUGAAUGACAUUCACAGUGAAGGGAAGUGGAAGUGGGUGGACGGGACCGCGGUCACUACUACGUUCUGGGGACCCGGGCAGCCCAACAGCUACAAUGGAACAAACCAGGACUGUGGAGAACUUGUAGAAAACUCAUUAAUGGGGCAGUGGAAUGAUGAGGACUGUUCUGCUGAAAAUCUGGAUUUGAAGUCACGUACCAGAAUACAGGACUACCAGAACCACCAACAAAUCAAUGCUAUGCACCCACAGACUGUACCGCUCACUGAAUAA